UCCAGGUGGCGGAGCGCACUUCGGCCCUGGGAUGCAGCCUCACAUCUCCGACGCAUGAAGAGCGGAGCUUGGAGCUGCCGCAGCGCGCCACGGCUCCGUUAGCCAAAGUCAGCACCUCUUGACAGGGCAGAGAAGAGACGGCACGUUUGGACCUCAGAUAAAAGGAUAUAUUUGCCCCCUGUUCAUUUUUUUUUUUAAAUUAGUAUUUACUUUUUUAAGCCACAAGGGAGCAGAACCAGAUUUGUUCAAUGCGCAACCAUGCUCAUCAUCUCGUCUCGCAGCGCGCUGCUGUCCGUCUACUACCCGCAGAUCUUCCUCAUCCUCACCAGCGGUAGCUACCUGGCGCUGUCCUCUGUGGUGGCUCUAGGUGCCAACAUCAUCUGCAACAAAAUACCAGGACUUGCCCCACGCCAGAGAGCCCUCUGUCAGAGUCGCCCCGAUGCCAUCAUCGUCAUCGGCGAAGGUGCCCAGCUGGGGAUCAACGAGUGUCAGUACCAGUUCCGAUACGGCCGCUGGAACUGCUCGGCCCUGGGAGAGAGGACCGUCUUUGGACAAGAGCUGAGAGUAGGCAGCAGGGAAGCCGCAUUCACGUAUGCCAUCACAGCAGCAGGAGUUGCCCAUGCAGUGACCACAGCUUGCAGCCAAGGCAACCUCAGCCAGUGUGGCUGCGACCGCGAGAAGCAGGGCUACCACGACCGGGAGGAGGGCUGGAAGUGGGGGGGCUGCUCGGCUGAUGUGAAGUACGGCGUGGAGUUCUCGCGGCGCUUUGUGGACGCUCGGGAGAUCAAGAAAAACGCCCGGCGGCUCAUGAACCUGCACAAUAACGAGGCAGGGCGAAAGAUCCUAGAGGAGAGGAUGAAGCUGGAGUGUAAGUGUCACGGCGUGUCGGGUUCCUGCACCACUAAAACCUGCUGGAUCACCCUGCCCAAGUUCAGAGAGAUCGGUUACCUGCUGAAGGAACGCUACAGCGAUGCAGUUCAAGUGGAGCCGGUCCGAGCCUCGCGGCUGCGCCAACCCUCCUUCCUACGACUCAAAGAGGCUCGGGGCUAUCAGAAGCCCACGGACACAGACCUGGUGUAUCUGGAGCGCUCACCCAACUACUGUGAAGAGGACACAGCCACGGGGAGCACAGGGACACGGGGAAGGCUGUGCAACGGCACCUCCACCCUCGCAGACAGUUGUAAUGUGAUGUGCUGUGGCCGGGGAUACAACACGCAUCACUACACGCGCAUCUGGCAGUGCAACUGCAAGUUCCACUGGUGCUGUUUCGUCAAGUGCAACACCUGCAGUGAGAAAUCAGAAGUGUUCACCUGCAAGUGAGCACACAGGAAACGCAGAGCUAAAGACAACGAAG